AAUCUUAGCUGUGUAUCUUUGUGUGCUUCCAGCAUAGCCUGGUCAAAGAGAGAGAGUGCCUCUCCAGCAGAAGACAAUGGGACUUACAGAUGUCUUGAGGCUCGACUUUAUUGAGGCUAAUGUUACAACAGCCACACUGACUUUUCUGGUGGUAAUGUUGGCUCUCCUUGCUUGGCACACCACCUCUUCAUUCUCCAGGCUUGAUAAAGUGGGAGUCCGUCAUCCUCCAUCUUUGCCUUUCAUUGGAAAUCUGCUAUAUUUUCGUGAGGGCUUUUGGGAGAGCCACAACAAGCUGAUCAGUGAUUAUGGACCUUCUUGUGGGUAUUACAUUGGUCGUCGAAUGUAUAUAGUGGUAUCUGAGCCAGAUAUGAUCAAAUGUAUCUUAGAGGAUGAUUUCAGAAACUUCAGGAACAGAAUGAGUCCGGAUUUGGUUUUUAAGCCAUUUGCAGACAGCAUUGUCAUGUUGCGUGAUGAGAAGUGGGAAAAGGUCCGGAGCAUAUUGACCCCAGCCUUCAGUAUUGCAAAGAUAAAAGAGUUGACUCCAUUAAUUGACGAGGCAUGCAAUAUCCUGCUGAAUAACUUAAAGGUCUAUGCGGAAUCUGGUACUGCUUUUGACAUUCAAAGGAAUUAUGGCUGCUUCAUGUUGGAUAUUGUUGCAAGUGUAGCUUUUGGUACCCGUAUUGAUUCUCAGAAGUCUCCUAAUGACAUUUUUGUUAAGUACACCAGAAGAUUCUUUGAACCUUUAAUAUUUAAACCUCUUCUCAUCCUUGCUGUUGCAUUUCCAUUUAUAAUGAUCCCUCUACUUCGCAUUUUGCCAAAUAAGAAACGAGAUGAAGUGAAUGGUUUUUUUAUCAGUCUCAUCAAGAAUAUGAUUACCUUGCGAGAUCAGCAGGAUCCAAAUGAG